CGUAAAAAUAUUGCCUUAACGCGGUGCAGAUAUAUAACACAGAUAUGACAGCUGCAGAGUUGGUUCUGAUUUCCCUCCUUUUUUUUCUCGAAGUUAAGGGAGACUGUCCUUCAGAAACCUGUCAGAAGAUCUCUCUUAAUGUGCAUCAAGAUUCUGAGCAAGACAGAGAGUUUGCUGGCCAUGUUUUUCACAAUUUCAUUACGUUAAACCCAGUUCAAUGUUAUAUGUGGUGCAUACGCGACUGCCGAUGUUUGUCGAUAAACUACAAGGAAAAUCCACAGAACGACACCAAGUAUUGCGAGUUGAAUGAAGGAAAUCAUUUCAUCAGCAAAAGUUCAUUGGUAAAGUCUUCAGGCUCAAGAUAUUUUGCUUUACGCAAGGAACGCAGUAAAGUUAAGACCCAAAGCAUCAUUUCUUCAUGCGCUUAUGACGUCACGUGUACCAACGGCUGCUGCAGGAACAAUCCGUGUCUCAAUGGAGGAACCUGCACCGAGAUCUGUGAACCCACCAGUGUUCGGUACAACUGCUCCUGUCCUGCACCGUUUGUUGGGAAACACUGCGAGAUUCAGCAGAAGAGAAGCUGUCAGGAUCACGAAGCAGCCGGGUCUACCGCCUCUGGAUUGUACACAAUUAACAAUGAUAAUAAUCAAACCUUCCAGGUGUUCUGUGAUUUUGAUUCAGAGCCUGGACUCGCUUGGAACCUGAUUGAGUCCUUUAGUUUAUCCAACAAACAUCGCUUUCAGCAGAAUAUCGUGUUUUACGACGAAUACCAAGCCAUCAGCGGUGACGAUCCAAAUUGGCAGGCCUACCUGAUUGAGAGACCUUACCUCCUUUGGCUCAGAGAUCACUCGACUCACUGGAGAGCUACUUGCCGAUACAACACAGAUGGCACCGUAUAUAUAGAUUACCUGAGAGCCUCACUUGAAGACUUUGACAUCAUCAGAGACGUACCCACAAAAAUACAGACCUGUCGACCGUACGAAUAUGUCAACAUUCGAGGAAAUGAGUGUUUGAAUUGCACUACGGCAACAUGGUAUAAGAAAGAAAGCUACCCUUUCCAUAUAGACAGUUCCUGUACCAGUUGUGGCUGUGAUUUCGAUGGGAUAAAAACAGACGUGGCCAUUCCAAGCGAGGACAACUUUGGAUAUUACUUUAGUACAAAUCCCAAAUUCCGUUGUACCUCAAACCCAGCAGAUACGACUCAGUUCUGGAUCGGAGGCAAAUAGUAGGGUGACCAAACAAUAGAAACUAGAUGGGGCUCAUUACUUAGCUUUUGGUGACAGACUCCGGCAGUCAACAACUUUUUUUUGUCAUGAAUUUAAUCUUCAAGUUACGAGACAGUGUAAAAAAAAAUAUAUAGUAGAUGGAGCAAGGUUAAGAGAAACCUCAGGGUUUUAACAUGAUUGUGUCCCCCUAGCAGAUAUCAAGGUCAAACAGUUAUGUAUCAAUGAAAGAGUCUUUGAAACCACUAGGGUUUAAAUUCAGUUCUAAAUGUAUUCAAUUUCUGAAUGGAGCUUGAAAGAAAGAUUAAACGUGUCUAGGAAAGGCUAUGGCUAAGGCAUAGAUCCAUUAAGGCGUAUUUAAUUGAAAUAGUGCUGUAUUACAUAGUUAACUUGAAACCCCUCGGUUAACAUUGAUGACGAAUUCAAUAUCAUCCACUAUCUAUAAUUUUGGAGUUAUUUAAAUUAACAGUCAGCCUCUGUGUUAUGAAAAGUGUGUCUAGAAUUCUAAAACAUUCUAAUUUUUUGUUCUAUGUGAUUAAUUUCGUAACGUGGUUCUCUUCUGAGUAUUAAUUGCAUUAAUGCUUAUUGUUAGUUCUGCUUUUGUGUUGUAAAUAGUUUCUAGCUAGUUCGUUAUGUGAUACAUUUGAUGCGUGGCAUUUUGAAAUAGGU